AUGGUUACAAAAACGACUUUCUGCUGGGUAGCCUGGGCCCUCGUUGCCCUCCAUUCUCCAGUGUUUGCCUCCCCUUUGAAGGCACACAACUCAACAUAUCCGCCAAACCCAACUAUUAGCUUCACCACUUGUGCACCGGAGUAUAGCAUGUCGGAAGAGUUUGAGUGCGGCUCUCUGACAGUGCCCAUCGAUCACGACAACGCAGGCGACGGUAGCAUUGACCUAUUCGUUUCUCGUCGGAAGGCAACUGGAACAUCGAGAUCUCUUGGUAGCCUCGUUUUCAAUAACGGCGGUCCUGGGUCGGGAUCCUCCGUUGUAUUCCAAGCCCUUUCAAUUGGGUUGCCUGCCUUUCCUUCCUUUAGCCAGGAUAUCUUGGAGAACUACGACGUUAUUGCUGUUGAUACUCGGGGUAUUGGUUACAGCAAUGCAAUAUCUUGCGACAAGGAUAUUUGGAAUAGUGCCCCUAAAGUAUUCGCAACAGACGACGCCGGUUCCUCGAAACUCGUUGCAUUUAACAAAGACCUGGGGGAGAGUUGCUUGAAGCUAACAGGCCCUCUUGCUGGCUUCAUGGACUCUGUAUCAACUGCUAAAGACUUCGAACUGCUACGCAAAACUCUUGGUGAUGAAGUGCUGAACUACAUUGGAUUCUCCUAUGGCACUGUACCUGGUCAAGCCUAUGCAGAGCUCUACCCGCAGCAUGUCGGCCGGAUGGUUCUUGAUGCCGUGGUCGACCAUUCGACCGCGGGGGCCAUAACCUCUAUCAUGACAGAGUCCCAGACCUACCAGGCCACCCUCGAGCAGUUCUUUGUGUGGUGCAACGAGACGGUCGAGUGCUCUCUCAAUGGCCAGGAUCUUCCGACUAUCUUCAAGACCCUUGCAUCUGCCACUUCGUUGCCUGCACACUGCGAGGAAGGCGAGGGCAAAUGCAAGCCUCAGAUCACGGGCGAAGAUGUGCUCUUCAAUGCCCAAGGCCAACUGUUGUUUGCCCAGUCACCAUUUCAAAAUUGGACAGACCUUGCAGAUGCCAUCAUUUUAGCCUUCAACGGGAAUGCCAAAGGCUUAUCCACGAAGUUGAAGACCGACAAUACGGAAACAAAUAUCGGCUCGGACUACGCCGCCCGUGCCAUUAUUUGCCAAGACUACGGCAGCUCUUUCACCUCAUCAGCAGAUAUCAAGAACAUUCUGGGGGUCACCUCAGCGCUUCUCCCCUUGACACGUGGUGCAUCCGAGGCUUUUGCCGCUGAAGCCUACUGUGCAAGUUGGCCAACCUCGGUACGCUAUCCGCCCCAGGUACCAAACGCAACUCAAAUGGGCAGAGUGCCGCCGCUUAUGCUCGUGAACGCAUUCUUGGACCCCGAGACAAGUGCUGCGUGGGCGCAAAGUGUGGGGCAGCAGAUCCCAAGUGCUGUGAAUAUCUGGCGAAACGGAUCUGGCCAUACAAGUUACCCAUUCCAAGGGGAGACUAGAAAGGCGAUUGAUGAAUUCUUGAUCAGCGGGAGGUUGCCGGAGCAAGGAACGGUGUUUGAGACAUGA